GGGGCGUGAAAAAUGGCGCUGGGAUUGUACGCCGGAUUCCGGAAUUACUCGGUGCCGAGCGAUCCUGGAACGGAAAUGAAAAUUGACAACCGUUCGUUUGCCUGGAACGAAUCCUUCAACGAGGAAUACAUCUUCGACAGAACGGACGUCAGAGUCAUCUUCAUCACUCUUUACUCCAUAGUCUUCGCCUGCUGCUUUUUCGGAAACCUGUUGGUCAUCCUGGUGGUGUCCUUUUCGCGGCGACUCCGAAGCAUAACGAAUUUCUUCUUGGCAAAUCUGGCAGUGGCUGACCUAUGCGUGGGAAUAUUCUGUGUCUACCAAACCUUGACGAACUACGUGGUGAACAGCUGGCUGCUCGGCGACUUCCUCUGCAAGGUCUACAUGUUCGUCCACGCGCUGUCCUACACGGCGAGCGUAAUGAUCCUGGUCGUCGUCUGCUCGGAACGUUACCUGGCCAUUGUCCACCCCAUAAAAUGCAGGGCGAUGUUGACCCGGAGCCGGCUCCGCGUCGUCAUAGGCCUGGUCUGGCUGCUGGCCGCCAUCUAUGCCUCGCCCCGUUUCAUCUACGUCGAGACGAUCCAGAACCAGUUGCACACCGGCGGCGUCGACGUAAUCUGCAUAGCCAACAUGAAGAAGCACAACAAGAACGUCCUCGACGCCGUCAACGUCAUCUUCCUCUACCUCCUGCCCCUCGUCGUCAUGUGCUGUCUCUACACCAGGAUCGGUGUCGGCCUUUGGAAGAGCGGUGCCGUCCUGGGUGGACCCGGCCUCGUUGCCAGGGCGAGAAACGGAAGGGUCAAUCACGUCCACACCUCCAGCAGGAACAUCCUCAGGGCCAGGCGAGGCGUUAUAAGAAUGCUGAUCGCAGUCGUCGUCAUGUUCGCCGUCUGCAAUCUGCCGCAGCAUGCAAGGAUCGUCUGGCUUCACUGGGAUCCGCAUUACGACAGGAACUCGGACUUCAGCACAAUCCUGACGGUCUCGACGUUCCUCAUCUCCUACGCAAACUCCUGCCUGAAUCCACUUCUCUACGCGUUCCUCUCGCGUAAUUUCAGGAAAGGCAUGAAGGAGCUGGUGGUUUGCAACCCCCGAGGCCAGGGUGGCCGGCUUGGCAUAACUGGACGAAAGGAAAAUGGCCAUAACACAAACCUGCCCCACAGUUCGGUCGUCAGAUUGAGCUCAGCUCAUGACAGUCCCAACACGACUCACACCACGCAGACCAUCACGAGGCAAAACACAUUCGGAAGGACUUCCUCGGCCUGAUUGAGG